AUAGAUUCAUCGUCGGAUUCGUUCCUUCCCAUGCAAAUCCAAAAAGGCGAUGAACAUAAACUGAUGGAAAAUGUACUUGGAAUUUUCAAGGACCAGCGCGUGACAAUAACAGAAGGAGCCAAAUCAAAGAAGACGAGUCCGGCACGCGACGAUACGUGAUUCGCUUGCUUGCUGACCAAAACAUCCAGUCAAUUUCGCGGGUUCAACCGAGAAAAAUAUCUGCCCACCUUCUUAAAUAGGGGCAUCACUUCAAGAAACUCAUGUUUCUCACGCAAAUGAACAGAUCUCCGACAUUUCAAGACUAGGUAGUAAAAUCAGAAGUUCUUUUUCUUUUGUUGAAGAUGUAUGUGACGCGGCCUCUGUCCAUGUACCGGCAGCAUCCCGAGGCCCUCACGGAGGCUCCGCCGGCGGGGCCUGGCUCUGGAUACCUGGUGAUCCAGGACGAGGAAGCCCAGAACUUCUGCUGCUUCGGGCUGUGCGAGGACAGCCAGCUCUACGACUUCCCCUUCCCUCAGAACAAGGACCUCACCGUUCGGUACACGGAGAGCCGCAGCAACGGCCAGGGCGGCACAAGGACGGUGUCCUACAACGAUGAGGUGUUCAUGAUCCCAGUCGUCGGCCAGCCCUUGUCCUCCAAUCAAUACUAUGCGAUUCGGCGUCGUGGGAAGCACAAAGGGGAAGCGCAUGCUAAUUCGACGGAAGAAGACAAGGGCACCUGCUUGUGCUUCCGAUACGUUCGAGACAAGAAACCAAGCCCUUUGGAUCCCGACGACAUAUACCAGAAGUUCGUGAUUUACCGGCGUGAGACAAUGUGUGGGUUCGGCGGCUUCCAUGCAAAGUCCGUCGCCCCAGAUGGGUACCCUCCAAGUUUCCUAAAGAGGAAAGGCUGGACCCUCCAUGGCAAAACGCCCAAGUACUUCUCCUUGGAUGACGAUGCGCCAGGAGUCAACGACUCUCAGAGGUCAAAGCUCCCGAGCCUUGACUUCUCGAUCGACAAGAAGAGCUCGGACCCGGUGGUGGUUGGGAAGUGGUACUGCCCGUUCAUGUUCAUCAAGGACGGGGAGGUCGGGGACCAGAUCAAAACAUCGGCAUUCUACGAGAUGACGUUGCAACAGAGGUGGGAGCAGGUCCAUGCCUGUGAUAAUCCAGCCAAUGAAGACAAUGCUGUGGAAGUGGAUGUGAUUGUUCAGAAGGAGGCCAUCACAGUGUUUGGUGAGGAAGCUGGGGAGGGCAAUGUGAGUGAUGGAGUGAUGUGGUUUAGGAGUAGGACAGGAGGGAUAGGACUGAGCAUGGCGAUUGUGGAGAGGAUGAGGUGGGAGGAAGAGAGAGUGGGUUGGGUGAAGGAGGGAGAGAAGAGAGUUAGGGUGAAGAGAAUGGAGAAGUUCAUCAAGAGCGGGUUGAGCGAGAAUUGGAAGAGGUUUGGCUGUUAUGUGUUGGUGGAGAGUUUUGUGCUGAAGAAGAGGAUGGAUGGGACUCCACACACUCACCAACUGUUGGCUUACGACUUCUUGCACACUCACCAAGUGAGGAGCAAAUGGGAGUGACGGAUUUUCUCAUCACUGUUCUGUUUUUUGUUGGUUUAAUCUUUUGUUGUUUCUGUGACUGGUGUCCAUGAAAGUCUAGCUAAGUUCUUAUGCUAGACAUGCUUGGUUUGUACUUGUUUGUUCAAAUGUUGUUCAUCCGUCUAUUUUGAGAAGUUUUGUAUUGGGUUUCACUGU